ACAUAACCUAUCUUAUCGCAAACCACAGAUUUGAUAAAAAUCCACAUAAUAAUCAGAGAAAAAUACUUUUUAAUUUAUUUAAAUCAGUUUUAAUCACUUUAUUUGUUCACUCGAACAUAAAAUGAGUUCGUCAGAAGUUCCUCCGGGACCCCUCCCAAAACUUUUCGAAUACGUGGAUUCUAAAAAGCCUGAAUACAUAGAACUUUUAAAAGAAAUUGUAGCUAUUCAGUCGGUCUCAGCCUGGCCCCACAAGAGACAGGAAAUUUUCAAAGUAGUGCAAUAUGUCGAUGAGAAACUAAAAAGUCUUGGAGCUGUAACUGAACAAAGAAAAAAUGGAAAACAAACAUUACCUGAUGGUAAAGAGAUAGAUUUACCGCCAGUGCUUUUGGGACAGUUGGGCUCAGAUCCAAAGAAAAAAACUGUCCUAAUUUAUGGACAUUUGGAUGUACAACCUGCACAUUUAUCGGAUGGUUGGGACAGUGAACCUUUUGAGUUGACUGAAAGGAAUGAGAAACUUUAUGGAAGAGGAUCAUCAGAUGAUAAAGGCCCUGUAUUGUGCUGGAUUCACGCAAUAAAUGCUUUUAAAGCUAUAGGAGAGGAUCUACCAGUUAAUUUGAAGUUUGUGUUUGAAGGCAUGGAAGAAUGUGGUAGUGAGGGUCUAGAAGAUAUCUUGCAUUCAGAAAAAGACAAAUUUCUGGCUUCUGUUGACUAUGUUUGCAUUUCUGACAAUUACUGGCUUGGAACCACUAAACCAUGCAUUACUUAUGGUCUGAGAGGCAUUUCUUACUUCUUUGUUGAAGUUGUUGGUGCUGGCCAAGACUUGCACAGCGGAAUAUACGGUGGUACCGUUCAUGAAGCUUUGGUCGACUUGGUCUAUCUUCUUGACCGUUUGGUGGAUAAAAACGGAAAAAUUUUGGUGGAUGGGAUUUAUGAUGAUGUGGCUCCUGUUGCUGACGGUGAAAACGAAAUUUAUGCUAAAAUCGAUUUCGAUCCCGAGGAGUACAGGAAAAGCAUUGCCUGUGAUCGAUUGCCUCACGAUGGCGUCAAAGAAAAACUCCUAAUGCACCGUUGGAGAUACCCCAGUUUAUCUCUGCAUGGAGUCGAGGGCGCAUUUAGCGAGCCUGGCGGCAAAACUGUGAUUCCCGGUAAGGUUACUGGUAAGUUUUCGAUUCGCUUGGUACCCAAUCAGGAUCCUGGAAAAAUUGAGGACUUGGUGGAGAAAUAUUUGGAGCGUUUGUGGAAGGAACGCGGUAGUCCAAACCAUUUCAGGGUUUAUACCUCUGAGGGGGCGAAGCCCUGGACAGAACAACCUUCCCAUCCACACUACCAAGCGGCUAUUAAGGCUACCAAGCAUGUGUACCACGUUGAACCAGAUCUGACACGUGAAGGUGGUUCCAUUCCUAUUACGUUAACUUUCCAAGAAACUACAGGAAAGAAUGUUUUGUUGCUCCCUGUAGGUGCUGGUGACGAUGGAGCGCAUUCCCAGAACGAGAAAUUGAAUAUUAGAAAUUAUUUAGGAGGGGUGAAAUUAUUGGCUUCUUAUUUGUAUGAAGUUUCGCAACUUUGAAGAUUGUAUUUUUGAUAUUUUUUAAACCAUAUUAUUUUGUAUUAUUCUUUUCUUAAAGAGAUUAUAUAAAAAAAAUAUUAAAGAAAUACUUCUAAUAAAUAUAUAUUUUUACUCUGGUA